UGCUACUACUCGUUCCGAUGAUCUCCUCCUCCUCCUCCUCCUCCUCUUCUUCUUCUUCUUCUUCGUGUUGCCAUUCACCUGCAAUUUUUUGGAAGCUUCCACGGCAAAAAGCCCACACGCCUUUGCUGUUUCCCUUCGAAUGCACACGUACUAGUCUAGUAGCAGUAUAAAGGCGACGCCUUUCCCUUUGUUUCCUCUUCCAUUUUCUUCUUGGUUCUGCUGCCUGGAGGCCAUGGCCGACUACAACCGCUACGGCUACAACAGCUACGCCUACGGCUCCACGCCCUCCGCGCCACCCGCCUCCUCCUCCUCCUCCUAUGGCUACGCCUCCCCGCCCUCCGCGCCGCCCAUGACCUCCUCCUCCUUGUCCUGCCCCUGCGAACAUGGCGGCGGCGGCGGUUACCCGUCCUCCACCUACCCGCCGCAGGCGUACCCGAUGGGGAUGGGGAUGGGGGGUUUCGUGUCCUUCCCUCCGGGGACGCACCCCGACGUCGAGCGCGCCUUCCGUGCCGCCGACCGCGACGGCAGCGGCUCCAUCGACGAGCGGGAGCUGCAGGACGCGCUCUCCUCCGCCUACCACCGCUUCAGCAUCCGCACCGUCCGCCUCCUCGUCUUCCUCUUCAACAACCCUGCUUCCCAAUCCCCCUCCCGCAUGGGUCCAGUGGAGUUUGUAUCACUGUGGAAUUGCCUUGGCCAAUGGCGGGGCAUUUUUGACAGAUAUGAUAGGGAUCGGAGUGGAAAAAUCGACAAAGAUGAGUUGAGAGAAGCUCUACGCAGUCUUGGAUAUGCUGUUCCACCUUCUGUCCUUGAGCUUCUUAUAGCAAACUACAACAAUGGAGUCUCUAGCCGUGGCGCGUUGGACUUUGACAACUUUGUAGAGUGUGGAAUGAUUGUAAAGGGUUUAACGGAAAAAUUCAAGGAGAAGGAUACGCGAUACACAGGAUCGGCAACUUUUUCAUAUGACGGGUUCUUGUCAAUGGUCAUUCCCUUCAUUGUCCCUUGACUUCAUCAGGUGUCUAGAGACCAGACGAGCAGUACAUUUGUACAGCCUUUCAGCUAUGUUUCUGCUUCCUAGUGGGUAUAGUUGGAUUUGUUUGUGCAAAUAGGCGUGGUGACUUUACUUGGCUAUUGUAUCCUGUGUACACCAUUUGGGUCUCUAAAGGCGGUUGUUUGUAAA